AUGGGUGACUGCGGAUUGAACGGUGUCUACACGAAUGCCACGGUCAACGGCAUCAGUCCUCUCUCGUCCUCGUCCACGUCCCACGGCACUCGGGAUCGAGAAAUGACCGUGGAGCCCAUUGCCAUCACCGGCAUCGGCCUUCGACUCCCCGGAAGGAUUCACGAUGCGUCGAGCUUUUGGAAGUUUCUGACCAGCAAAGGCAGCGGGCGCUGUCGGGUGCCGCCAGACCGCUACAAUGUCGACGCCUUCUACCGUCCUGGGAAAGCAGGGCAUACCUGUACCGAUUUCGGGUACUUCCUCGACGACGUCGACCUUGCUACCAUGGAUACGUCCUUCUGGUCCAUGUCCCGCCGAGAAGUCGAAGUCAUGGACCCCCAGCAGCGGCUGAUGCUGGAGGUCGUCUACGAAUGUCUCGAGAGCCCUGGAACGACCGACUACAAGGGCAAGGCCAUCGGCUGCUACGUGGGCGUCUUCGGCGAGGACUGGGCCGACCUGCAGGCCAAAGACACGCUGAACUCUGGCCCGUACCGCGUCCCGGGAUAUGGGGACUUUGCCAUCUCCAACCGUGUGUCCUACGAGUUUGGCUUCGUUGGGCCCAGCAUGACCAUCCGCACCGCGUGUUCCUCCUCCCUAACUGCUCUGUACGAAGCGUGUCAGGCUUUGUACGCAGGCGAGUGCUCCUCCGCUGUUGUCGGUGGCUCGAAUAUCAUCCUGUCACCUCACAUGACGGUAGCCAUGACCGAGCAAGGCGUUCUCUCUCCAACAGGAUUGUGCAAGUCGUUUGAUGCGUCUGCCGAUGGCUACGCGAGAGGGGAAGCCGUCAAUGCCAUCUAUAUCAAGAAACUGUCGGAUGCAAUCAGGGACAAAGACCCCAUUCGAGCCGUCAUUCGAUCAGCCUGUAUCAACUCGGAUGGCAAGACUGCCGGCUGGUCACUCCCAAACCCGCGCUGCCAUGAAGCUCUGAUCCGACGGAGCCAUCAGAUUGCGGGCAUUACGGACCUCUCCCAGACUGCAAUGAUCGAGUGUCAUGGCACCGGGACACCAGUGGGCGAUCCCCUUGAGGCAGGAGCCGUGGCCAACGUCUUUGGCGACUGGGGGAUUCUGAUCGGAUCAGUCAAAUCCAAUCUGGGCCAUAGCGAAGGUGCUGCCGGACUGACGGGCGUGAUCAAAAUGAUCCUGGCUCUUGAAAAUAAGGCAAUUCCACCCAACAUCAAUUUCAAGACCCCGAAUCCGAAGAUUCCCUUCGAAAGGGCCCGGAUGCGGGUUCCUGUCGAGUGCGAGGCAUGGCCUGAAGGCAAGGCCGAAAGAGUUGGCGUCAGUUCGUAUGGCAUCGGGGGAGCAAACGCACACGUUCUCCUCGACUCCGCUGCUUCAUUCGGAAUCGAAACGACCAAGAACGGACUGCAACACGAUCGACUGCCACACUUGCUUGUAUUCUCCGCAACUCAUGUAGAGUCGUUGCGCCGAAAUAUCCAAAACAUCGAGCAGUAUGUCCAGUCCCAUCCGAGUUCAAUUCGAGACCUGAGCUAUACCCUCUGCUGUCGUCGCGAGAGAUUCCGCCACAGAGCAUUCGCCAUCUCAAAUGCCACCGAAGAUGCCAGUCUAGACAUUUCCGGCCUCAAAAAGGCAAGCCAGUCACCGACGAUAGUGUUCGUGUUCACCGGUCAAGGAGCUCAGUAUGCGCAAAUGGGCAAGGAUCUUUUCCUCCACAACGCCGUCUUUGUCGAGACAAUCAAGAAGCUCGAUGCAGCACUCAAAUCCAUCGAUGCUUCGAUAUCAUGGAGUUUGGAAGAAGAGCUGUUGAGAGCAGAGGACGAGUCGAGGCUUUCGGAAGCCCUGUUUUCGCAGCCCUGUUGCACCGCCAUUCAAAUCGCUCUGGUCGAUGUGCUGCGAUCCAUAAACGUGCACCCCACGGCUGUGGUCGGCCACUCGUCUGGAGAAAUCGCCGCUGCAUACGCCUGUGGAAGUCUCUCUGCCGCUGAUGCGAUUGCUGUUGCUUACCAUCGAGGGCAAGUCAGCGCAAAGAUGGAAAAGGAAGGUAAAGGAGGCAUGCUUGCCGUGGGACUGAGCCGGGAUGCCGUGUUGAAGUAUCUGACCAAGGGGAUUGCGGUUGGAUGCGAGAAUAGUCCUGAUAAUGUCACUCUCACGGGUGAAUCAGACGUCCUGGACUCCGUCGCGCAGUCAAUCCAGAACGAGCACCCUGAUGUCUUGAUACGCCGACUUCGCGUUAAGUGCGCCUAUCAUUCCUCGCGGAUGAAGGGUGUGGAGGACGAAUAUCUGUCAAGAAUGAAUGUUAAGACAAGGAAUCUUACGGCCACAUUUUUCUCCUCUGUCACAGGGGAGAAGGUCAUGAGCGGAGACCUCCUAGGGCCAUCGUACUGGUGUAGCAACCUGACCUCUCCAGUACUCUUUAGCCGUGCAGUCUCCCGACUCCUCGAGGACGUGUCUCCGAAUUCGGUCUUCGUCGAAGUCGGACCGCAUUCAGCGCUGUCAGGACCUUUGCGGCAGAUAUCACAGCAUGUAGUCAGACCAAUACAGUGCAUCUCGACUUUGGUUCGAAAAACCAAUUCCCACGAGGCUAUUCUUCGAACCGCAGGACAGCUCUUCCAGGUAGGCGCCCCGAUCGAUUUGUCGCCUCUCAACCCUGAAGGAGGACGGGUGCUGCACGACUUGCCCACUUAUGCAUGGAACCAUGAGGGCCGCUACUGGUCCGAAUCUCGUCUCAUGAGAGGCUGGCGAAUGCGAGAGUUUCCUCGUCACGAUCUCCUCGGCAUAAGAAUCACGGAUGGGAGCGAUCUGGAACCAACAUGGCGAAAUGUCCUUCGUCUCAACGAUACCCCCUGGUUGCGAGAUCAUGAUAUCAUGGGCGAAACUGUGUUCCCUGCAGCGGGUUAUGUUUCGAUCGCCGGCGAGGCCAUCCGUCAACUCACGGGCUCUUCUGAUUUCAGCGUUCGGAAUGUGAAUAUCCUCACGGCGAUGGUCCUGCAAAAAGAUGCCUCGGCCGAGAUUGUCACUCAAUUCCGCCCGGUAAGGCUCACGACGACACUGAAUUCAUCAUCAUGGUAUGACUUCACCAUCGCGUCUCUUCUGGACGGCAAAUGGACCAGGAACUGCACCGGUCAAGCUCGUCCAGGGCGCGACUUCGCCAUCCCAGCGGCCCAUCCAGAGCCAGGCGUUCGUCUAGUCGAACCAGACGUGUGGUACCGAGUGAUGAAGAAGUUCGGUUUCAAUUAUGGCCCCCGUUUCCACGGUCUCAGGGAUAUCACUUCCAGUAUCACCGAGAGGAAAGCCACGGCCAGGGUCGACGAUUUUGUCGAUGUCGACAAUCUCGAGAGUCCAUACACAAUGCAUCCCUGCACGAUCGACUGCAUUUUCCAGCUGUUCAGCGUCGCGCAAUGUCAGGCCAUCCCGAGAUUGUUUGAUCAUUUGGCUGUGCCGACCUCCAUUGAAGAAUUAUAUGUCUGCUCUCCCAGCUCCACUAUAUCAGUUCAAGCAUCCGCCAACCCAAUGCCGAAAGGCGGUUUCUUCGGUGACGCAGUUGGCUUCUGUGGGGAUCAAGUGGUCUUUCACCUCCGAAACAUGCGCCUCUCCCGAUUGACGGACGGCGAGGAGAGAAGAGGCGUUGAUCUCCAUGCAGGGGCCCAGUUGGUGUGGAAGCCGGAUGUCGACUUUAUGGACGUCACUUCGUUGAUACGUCCGCUUCAAGACAGCGCCGCUGACAACACGCACCUUCUCAUCGAAGAGCUUGCUUUAACAUGUAUGAUCGAGACAGAAUACCGUGUGCAGAACAAGGUCGCCUCUCAGCCGCACUAUGCCAAGUUCCAGGGAUGGCUGCGAUUGCAAAGAUCGAACGCCGAGCAGGGUCUCUACGAGCAUGUACCUGGAUGCGCUGGAAUUGUCACCAUGUCUUCUGAAAAGCGAGUCCAGCAUGUUCACAAGUUGCUCGAAAAAGCUCUGCUCACCGAAGGCAAAAAGGCCGCGACGGCGAUUUCCAGUGUUUUUGAAGAAGUGGUGAAUAUCUUUGACGACAAAGUCAACCCAUUGGAACUGCUGCUCAAAGACGAUCUUCUUGCGGACAUCUACCACUUCAGACCUCUCUGCGACUAUGCGGACUUCUUCCGAUUGUUGGCACACUCCAAGCCCAACAUGAAGAUCCUGGAGAUCGGUGCUGGGACCGGAGGCAUGACGGCCACGAUCCUCCCAGUUCUCAAAAACUCAAGCCCGCGUGGAGAGCGCAUGUACGGUUCCUAUACCUAUACCGACCUCUCAGCGGGGUUCUUCGUUGCAGCAAAAGAGCGGUUCAAGGAUUAUGACGCCAUAACAUAUCGCGUCCUGGACAUUUCCGCCGACCCAAUUGUGCAGGGAUUCGACAGUGAAUCGUACGACUUAAUCGUGGCAUCGAAUGAGUUAAGCCCGACUACGAAAUGGGUCAACUAUGUCAUGGGUCUUCUUCCUGGAUGGUGGUUGGGCGAGGCUGACAAUCGCCCUACAGAACCCUAUGUCAGCCCAGCGCGGUGGGAUAUCGAAUUGCGAAAUUCGGGAUUUUCUGGCGCCGAGGCUGUCGUGUACGAUGGAUAUCUCAAUGCGCACAUCAUCUCCAGCCCCCGGAAGGAAUCGCAGAACGCUCUUGAGAAGCGGGUCACAAUUCUUCGGCAGUCGAAGCCCAGCAGCGUUGCAGACUCUUUGCAUGUUUACUUGGAAAACAACGGCUUCCAAAUCAAUAUUCGAUUCCUUGGCGGCGAAAAAGUGCCCUUUGGUCAGCCUGUCGUCUCUGUACUGGACCUCGAAGAAGAGCCUUUUAUCCAUUCUCUCACGUCAGAUCGGUUUGACCAGUUCAAAGCCCUUCUUCUUUCGGAGUUGGAAGGGUGUCCUGCCACCCUGUGGGUAACCAGGCCUUGCCAGGUAGCAUGUACAGACCCGCGAUACGCGAUGAUCCUAGGACUGGCCAGGACGAUUCGCACGGAAUUGGCAAUGAACUUUGCGACGCUUGAGCUGGAUUCGUUCGACGAAGCAGCCUGGUCGGCCUGUACGAAGGUGAUCGAUAAACUGAUGGAAAGAUCACCAGACGAGGUCCUUAAUCCCGUCAUGGAGUUUGUAUACUCGUCUGGCACCGUUCUGACGGGCAGAUUCUAUCCAGUCGUUGUGGGCGAUGAGCUUCUUGACAAAGCGCCAUCUACCAAAUCUGUUAUCAAGAAACUCGACAUUGGAAAGCGAGGGUUCUUGCAAACCCUAGCCUGGAAACAGAGCACAAUAGAGCCACCACAACACGACGAUUGGGUUGAAGUUGAAACGCGGGCAGUUGGACUGAACUUUAGGGACGUUCUCACCGCAAUGGGCGUCGUCGAAGCCAAAGACCUUGGCGUCGAGUGUUCCGGCAUCGUCACGCGCAUCGGACCUGAAGUAAAGGCUCUGGCUCCAGGCGACCAUGUCGUAGUCUUUUCUGGAGGCACUUUUUCUUCGGCCCUGAUGACAACAGAACGGCUGUGUGCCAAAAUAGCUGCAAAUCUGAGCUUUGUCGAAGCGGCCGCCCUGCCUUGCGUUUUUGCAACAGUGAUCCAUUCCCUGAUGGAUGUUGCUCGGCUGAAAAAAGGCCAUAUAUACUGUACCGUCGGCAGCGCAGCCAAGGUGGAAUACCUCCAAAACACAUUAGGUAUACCGCGCGAGCGCAUAUUCAACUCCAGAGACAAUACGUUCUUGCGCGAUGUGCUGGCCGCAACGGACGGUCGAGGUGUUGACGUUGUUCUGAACUCGCUAUCGGGAGAACUCCUCCAUGCAUCGUGGAAGUGCGUCGCCGAGUUCGGCACGAUGGUCGAGAUUGGAAAGAGGGAUUUCAUCGGCAAAGCGAGCCUUGCCAUGGACGCGUUCGAGUCGAAUCGGUCGUUUGUGGGAGUGGAUUUCACCAGGAUCUGUGCACAGAGGCCGGAAAUCACUCAAGAGCUUCUCAAACGGUGCAUGGAGUACUUCCAGCAAGGAUCCAUCACUCCACUUCCUACGAAAGAGUUCGAAGCCGCCCAUGUCGAGCAGGCAUUCCGAUACAUGCAGAAAGGGACCCAUAUCGGGAAGGUCGUGGUGACCAUGCCCGAAUCCAGUGCAGAGCUCCCCUCGACUCCGGCCGUCAAGCAGCUGAGCUUCCGAUCCGAAGGAUGUCACAUCAUCGUCGGGGGAUUGGGUGGUCUGGGCCGACCGGUGAGUGCGUGGAUGGUCAUGCAUGGAGCAAGGCAUCUGGUCUUCUUCUCCAGAUCCUCAGGAAAGAAUCCGCAUCACGAAGCAUUUGUCUCCGAGCUGCGGUCACAGAACUGCCGAGUGGAUUUGGUCGCGGGCGAUGUAUCGAGCGCGGAUGAUGUGGACUCGCUCGUCAGGGAUCUUGACGUGAACGUCGCUGGAGUUAUGCAGGCUUCGAUGGUUCUCAAGGCAUUGACUGGACGACAGGAUGUCUCGCUCUCGAAGAUGACAUUCAACGACUGGCAGACGGUUGUUUCACCCAAGGUGCAAGGGACCUGGAAUCUGCACAACGCCCUCGAGAAAUGUCAAAAGAAACCGGACUACUUUGUACUCUUCAGCUCGACCUCCGGUCUCGUAGGGCAGUGGGGGCAGGCCAACUACGCGGCAGGAAAUACUUUCUGGACGCAUUCGUCCAGUUUCGACAUUCGGGUCAUGGAAGAUGUAGGAUAUGUCAGUCGCAACGACUACCUUCUCGAGCACUUCCGCUCGACGGCCACGCAUACCCUGCAGGAACAGGAUCUGUUGGAGUCGCUUCACUUGAUGAUCGAUCGUUCUCUACCGUCAGCUCCCGAAGAAUUUGAUUCCAGCGCGUACACCAGCAAGAGCCAGCUCUGCAUCGGUCUCCGCACGACUCUCCCACUCAGCUUGCCCAACAAUCGGACUGUUUGGAAACGAGAUCCACGCAUGGCUAUCUACCAUAACCUCAGCUCGCAAGAUCGUGCCAAGUCCGACACCCACAGGGACGAUGACGAGGCGCUCAAACAAUUCCUGGUAGAAGCAAACAGGAGACCGGCCAUGCUUCAGACGCCGGGUUCAGCCGAGUUUCUCGCCCAGCACAUCGGACGGAUGUUGUUCGGCUUCAUGCUGCGCGAUCUCUCAGACAUCGACUACGAUGUCUCUCUCCCCGCGCUGGGAGUAGACUCGCUCGUCGCCAUCGAGCUGCGGAACUGGUUCAAGCUGAAACUGGGCCUGGACGUCACCGUACUGGAGAUCCUCGGUGGAGCGAGCCUCACGCAGUUGGGCCAGAUGUCCGCCAACAAUCUGGCGAAGAGAGCAGCAGCCACUUCCUCUACGGAUCCGUCAGAGUCUGUGGGUGUGAUGUAA